CACACACACACACAGAGACAGAGACAGAGGCAGCACACACGUCCUCCGGCGCUGCUCGACGACACCAUGUGGCCCCGAGAGGAGCUUCUAAAGUCCAUAUGGCACGCGUUCACCGCCCUGGACGUGGACCACCGCGGGAAAGUUUCCAAGUCUCAGUUAAAGGUGUUGUCUCACAACCUGUGCACAGUGAUGAAGAUCCCUCAUGACCCUGUGGCCCUUGAAGAACAUUUUAAGGAUGACGAUAGAGGGCCCCUGUCUAACCAAGGCUAUAUGCCUUAUCUCAACAGGUUCAUACUUGACAAGGUGCGAGAGGAUUUUGACGUACUGGAGUUCAACAAGAUGUGCUGGACCCUGUGUUACAAGAAAAAUGUCUGCACGAAACACUUACUCAUCACAGACGAUGAUGCUUUCAAAGUGUGGGCCAUUUUCAACUUUCUGUCAGAAGACAAAUACCCUCUACUCAUCAUCAUUGAAGAGAUCGAGUACUUUCUUCGAAAGCUGUUGGAGACCAUGGGGAGUGAAUGGAGUGAGGACAAGUUUGCAGAUUAUAAGCUGCAGCUGAACACAAAGAACUGCCUGACUGCCUGGGAGCUGAUUGAGCUGGUGGGGAUGGGUUACUUCAGCAAGGGAAUGAACCAGCAGACCCUGUCCCUGGGCAUCAAUGAGGUCUUCCAAGAACUCAUACUGGAUGUGCUCAAACAGGGAUACAUGAUGAAGAGGGGCCACAAAAGGAAGAACUGGACUGAGCGCUGGUUUGUCCUUCGACCCAACUCACUGUCAUACUAUGUCUGCGAGGAUCUUGUGGAGAAGAAAGGAAACAUCAUUCUGGACCAAAACUGCUGUGUGGAGUCACUGCCAGAUAAAGAUGGGAAGAAGUGCCUCUUUAUUAUUAAGUGCAUCAAUAAAAGCUUUGAGAUCAGUGCAUCAGAUAAGAAGAAGAAGCAGGAAUGGAUUCAAGCUAUUCAAACGUGCAUCCAGCUGCUUAGGUUGGGGCUCCUGUCUCCUCACCGUGAGGCGCGGCUGAGGCGCCGGGAGCUCCGGAAGAGACAACAUGCAGAGGAGGAGGACCUGGUGGAGAUGAUGAAGCAGCUCACGGCGGCCAAUGAGCAGAAACAGAGACAGCUGGAGGCCAUGAGGAAGAAAAUGGAAGAGGCUGCAGCUAAAGAAGCAUUUGAGGAGAACAGGAGGAAGAAGACUCAGUCAGACCUACAGGAUCGCUACAGACUUGACCUGGAGAGAGAGAAAAUGGUGCGUCAGCAGAUGGAGCAGCAGGUGGCGCAGAAGUCCAGUGAACUGGAGCAAUACCUGCAGCGUGUCCGGGAGCUGGAGGACAUGUACCACAGACUGGAGGAGGCCUUAGAGGACGAGAGGCAGACCAGGCAGGAUGAGGAGGCCAUGCGAAAACUGCAGUCCAGGCUGCUGGAGGAGGAGUCAACAAAGAGGUUAGAGCUGGAGCAGAUCCACCUGCAGCAGCAGAGGGCGCUGUCUCAGACUGAGGUGGAGAAGCAGGAGCUGGUGGCGGAACGGCUGGCCAAGGAGAGGGAGCUGCACACAGCCACGCUGCAGCUGGAGAGACUGGAGGAGGAACGAAAGGGAGCGCUUGAGCAGUAUGAGGAGGUGUCGAGGAAGCUUGAGCGAGCAGCUAACAAGACGAAGACUUGGAAAGACAAGGUGGCCAAACAUGAAGGGCUGGUGCGUCUCAUCCAGCCAGGUCAUAAAGGACCUCAGACGAUCACCAACUGGGGUCCAGCAUCGUUCACUGACACUGAGCUGGAGAUGAGGAAGAAGGCGUGGCAGGAGAGAAAGAACCAGGGAGCUCAGGCUCAGUGAACACUCACCAUGAUGACUGGAUUUUUGAAAACUCUGACUGAAAUAAGCCCAAACUGUCACAUUUAGGCUCUGAAGAAGUUUGGUAACGUGAAUGUACUGAGCCACAUGAUAGCUGCAAAAAUAUUUUACUCAUUUGUUUGUGGGUCGUUUUUAAAUGUACAGUUUGGAUUAACUGUGAUGCCUCAUCAUUUGGCUUUAUAACAACAACAAAAAAAUCACGUUCAAGCAUCAAAAGUUCAAUCUCAAGCACAAAAGUAAUACUCCGACAAAAAUAAUCUUCAAUCAAGGUCCACUUGCUUACUUUUUUCUGGUGAUGAAGGGUCAUUUGAUGACAUCUGCACCAUGACAAUUAAGCAACUUCUUCCACUGAUGAAGACCUUGAGAUGUGUUUGAAAGGGGGAAAGAAGGUUACAAGUGGGAACGGGAGUUACUUAAUAUUGCUCUGUUGAAUUUCUUCUUUUGUUAUCUUAGUUGGUUCUUUCUUAUUUCAUGUGAUAUGUUUAAUUGAACUACUUUGCAGUUCAUCCAUGUUUUGUGUUUUAACAUUUUAUUACUAUGAGAACAAACAGCAAAGUGCACAACAGUGUGAGUUUCAGUGCACGUACAUCAAAAGAUAAAACAAGCUGAAAGCUUUUCUCCA